ACAUGUAUUUAAGAAAUAUCUUAAAAUCAACUCAAAAUCUCCUAACACAAUCCCCAAGUUUUAAUUUCGCUAAAUUCGUGCGUAGUAAACCUCACUUAAAUGUAGGAACAAUAGGUCAUAUAGAUCAUGGUAAAACAACUUUAACAGCUGCCAUAACAAAGAUUUUAGCCCAAAAGUAACAAGCAACAUUUAUGGAAUAUUCUUAAAUAGAUAAAGCUCCAGAAGAAAAAGCACGUGGUAUUACCAUUAAUACUGCCACAGUUGAAUAUGAAACAGAAACACGUCAUUAUGGUCAUGUAGAUUGUCCAGGACAUAUUGAUUAUGUAAAAAAUAUGAUUACAGGAGCAGCUAAAAUGGACGCAGGAAUAUUAGUUUGUAGUGCAACUGAUGGUGUAAUGCCAUAGACAAGAGAACACAUAUUAUUAUGUAGAUAAGUAGGUGUAAAUACAAUUAUAGUUUUCGUAAACAAAUGCGACGUGGCUAAAGAUUCAGAAAUUCAAGAAUUAGUUGAAAUGGAAGUGCGAGAAUUACUCGCUAAAUACGAAUAUGAUGGGGAAAAAUCGCCUGUUAUUUUCGGAUCUGCACUUUGUGCACUUAAUGGUACUGAAAAAGAAUUAGGAGAAGAUAAAGUUGUAUAACUUUUGAAGAUUAUGGAUGAAUAAAUCCCUAUCCCAUAAAGAUUAACUGAUAAACCUUUCUUAAUGUCAAUUGAAGGCACUUAUUAAAUAGCAGGAAGAGGUACUGUAGUAACAGGAACUGUAGAUGCUGGAAAAGUUAAAGUUGGAGAAGAUGUUGAUGUGGCUGGAUAUGCUCCUAAAAUUAACAGAACUACUAUUACUGGUAUUGAAACUUUUAGGAAAUAGCUCGAUUAUGCAGAGGCUGGUGAUAAUGUAGGUCUUUUACUAAGAGGAGCUACCAGAGAUGAUGUUAGAAGAGGAUAAGUUUUAUGUAAACCAAACAGUUAAUAAAUCUAUAAGAAAGUUGAAGUAAAUUUAUAUAUAUUAACCGAUGCUGAAGGUGGUAGAAAAAAACCAUUCCCAAAUGGAUAUAGACCUUAAUUUUAUUUAAGAACUGCUGAUGUGGCUGCUGAAAUUUAAUUACACGGGGAAAAUAAGGUAGGUAUGCCUGGAGAUAAUAUAACUGCGGAUUUAGAUCUACAUUUCCCUUUACCAGUUAGUGUUGGGUAAAGAUUUGCUUUAAGGGAAGGAGGAAAAACUAUUGCAGCAGGUAUUGUUACUAAGACUCAUGCUAUGAAAGAUGAAACAGCAGAAGCAGGUAAAGAUGCUGCAAAAGAUGGUAAAAAAGAUGCUGCAACAGCUAAAAAAGAUGAUAAAAAGCCAGCAGCAGCUGCUGCUGCUAAACCAGCUGCUGGUAAACCUGCUGAAAAGAAGAAAUGAGGGGGACUUAUUUUUUAUUUUUUUAGUUUUCUUUAUUAUUUUUUUUUUUUGUUAAUUGAUAUUUAAUUAAUUUCU